AUGGAUGAAGACACUGCCACCGAUCCCUGUUUCGGCAAUCAUUUCACUCGAUACAUUCUAAACGAAUUUCUGGGCUACGGUGACAUCCUGAUUGGAAGUGUGAAACGACUGGCAGAGACCGAGUCCACCAAAGGCUACAUGCGUAAUGUGGUCACUGGUGAGCAUUAUCGGUUUGUCAACAUCACCAUGUCCAGAUCGUCCUAUCUGGCUGCUGCUUUCAUUAUGUUUAUCUUUGUAAGUCAAUUCUAUUUUUAA